AUGAUUAAGGGAAAGAAAGAACCAAAGCUACACAUGCAAAUUAGUGAAGGCAGAAGUAUUGAUGGUACAUUCAAAAAUAAAAAUUUGAAUGUAAAAAAGAAAAAACAAAGUGCUUUACUACAGCAGUGUAAAAACAAGAAUGUAAAACAGAAAGUCAAACAAAAAGGCAGAAGCAAAUCUGAUAAAGUUUCUAAAAAUUUAAAUGCCUCAAACAUGCUUUUGAAAUAUAACAAAGAAAUGUAUGAAUAUCAAAUUCAACAAUUAAAUCUGAAAUUCAAACAAUCUUUAAAAUAUCCAACACUUACACAAGAUGAAUUAAAGGUGUUAUUUGUGAAAUAUAAAUCAGAUGGUCAUUACAGAACUAAUAAAAACUUACCACCAUUUACAAGCCUCUUAAAUAAUACACAUAAUGUGGUUAAUGAAAAAAAUUACUUCUCUGAUCAAGCAGAAUGUAUAUCUGUUUCUGACAAGGAAAAGAACUGUUUUGGAAACAGCAAAGACAUAUUCACAAAUUCAAAUUGCAAUAGCCUUAGUGAAAAUCAAUAUUUAGAUGAAAAUUCAAAUAUAUAUGAAAAUCUCCAACCAAAUUUCAAAAAUGAUGCAUUGCAGUUUACAGACACUCUGAAUGUACAUAAUCUAAGUAACAGAAUAGAGAAUAAACAUCUUUAUAGUGACCAAACUUCUUCAACCAGUAACAGUUACAACCACAUGUAUAUGAACUAUAAUGAGCAAAUGCAUAGCAACAUAAGUAUAUCAGAUAAUAUACAAAAUACACCAAAUAUCCUUUCUGAAGAACAUCAAAGUUGUAGAUACGGAAACAGAAAUAUACUUUGUAAUAUAUCUGAUUCAAAUGUACCAUAUGAAAAUUUAAGUAGUAGUAAUGAAUUUCCACAACAAAAUGACAUACAUUGUUCACUUCAAGAUAACAAUUGCUCGUUGAAUCCAAACUUUUAUUUAAAUAAAUGGAAUAAUAUGACUUUGAUCGAUAAAAACAACAAUCAUCAGUCAUGGAAAAAUACACAAUCAAUUUGCAUUCCUCACAUCACUAACUUGGAAUCAUAUUAUAACAUAAAAAAUACUACAAUUCCUCAUCAAUUGACUGUAAUUAAAAAUCAUUCAAAAGAACAAGGAAACCUUGACUUACCUAUUCAUACAAAUCCAUACUACAUAAUACGUAAUAAAAAUUUAGCACAUCUUUCUAAUGAUGAUGUUAGCCACAUGCAACAAACCUUUAAUCACACUACCAGCUCAAAUAUAAUACCAGAUAAUUUUCUCUCAGAAGCAAAUACAUGUAUUCCAUCCUGUGCUAAUAUGAUUGAUCAGUAUUAA